UAGUAUCUUCAAGCAUAUAAACAGGUGAUUGCCAAAGCUUAGAGCAUUCCCAUAUUUCUUUGUGAGAAUUUUGAGCAGCAUACGAGUUCGAGAAAUCAUGAAAUAUUUCAAGUCUUUGAUUUUGCUAGGCCUUCUGCUUGGCACCCUAGUUUUCGUCUCUUCCACUGGUGUAGCUGAGACAUCCAAAAAUGAGAACAAAGCAACAGAGUCAAAAACAGUCGAUGAUAGCACUGAAACAAAGCCUAAUGGAUAUGGAUAUGGAGGUGGCGGCUAUGGUGGUUGGGGAGGCAGAGGAAGUGGUGACUAUGGAGGUGGAGGCUGGGGAGGAGGUGGUUGGGAUGGUUGGGGGAAAGGUGGUUGGGGAGGCAGAGGAAGUGGUAACUAUGGAGGUGGAGGCUGGGGAGGAGGUGGUUGGGAUGGUUGGGGGAAAGGUGGUUGGGUAGGUGGCGGGGGGGAAGGCGGUAGAGGCUGGAGGAAAGAUAGUGGUGGAGAAAACUAA